ACUUGCUCCUCCCGCGACACUCAGUAUCCACACGCUCUUCAACGCGCAAAAGCACCGCGCACAAAGUGGAACAAGUCAUCCCGACUUUGACAUCUUCAUAAACUCCGUCGAGAACUCCGAAACAAGCAAUGGCCUUCACUCCCAGAGGUGGUCGCGGCGGUGGACGUGGCGGUGGUGACCGUGGCGGUCGCGGAGGCUUCACUCCCCGCGGAGGCCGCGGCGGAGGUCGCGGCGGCGGCGGUGACCGUGGCCGUGGAGGUGCUCGCGGUGGCCGUGGUGCUCCUCGAGGCCGAGGAGGUGCCCGUAGCGGAGCCCGUGGAGGCGCGCGCGGUGGAGCCAAGGUUAUCGUUGAGCCCCAUCGCCAUGCUGGUGUCUUCGUCGCCCGCGGCAAGGAAGAUCUGCUCGUUACCAAGAACUUGACCCCCGGAGAGUCCGUCUACGGAGAGAAGCGCAUCAGCGUCGGUGCCAGCGCCGCAAAGGACGGCGAGACCGAGGCCAGCAGCACCGAGUACCGCGUCUGGAACCCCUUCCGUUCCAAGUUGGCCGCUGGUAUCUUGGGUGGUGUCGACAACAUCUACAUGGGACCUGGCUCCAAGGUUCUGUACCUUGGUGCUGCUUCCGGCACAUCAGUUUCUCACGUUGCCGACAUUGUCGGUCCCGAGGGAACUGUCUUCGCCGUCGAAUUCUCCCACCGCUCUGGCCGUGAUCUGAUCAACAUGGCCACUCACCGCACCAACGUUAUUCCCAUUGUCGAGGACGCCAGACACCCUUCCAAGUACAGGAUGCUCUUGGGCAUGGUCGACUGCAUCUUCGCCGAUGUUGCUCAGCCCGACCAAGCGCGUAUUGUCGGUCUCAACGCUGGCAUGUUCCUCAAGGUUGGAGGUGGUAUCGUCAUUUCCAUCAAGGCCAACUGUAUCGACUCGACAGCCGCCCCCGAGGCCGUCUUCGCACAGGAAGUCGCCAAGCUACGGGAGAUGGGCAUCAAGCCUAAGGAGCAGCUGACGCUCGAGCCUUUUGAGCGUGACCACGCCAUGGUUGUGGGUGUCUACCAGCGUUCGCAAUAAACAGCACUAUUGCGAUAGACGGGCGACGCUUUUUCUGAUUUCAACGAUGCAUUCAAUGUGGUCAUAUACCUGUACUUUCAUGGAACUUGGUGUUUCUCAGGCGUCAGGCGGGCAAUCUUUUGGUAUCAAAUUUCUGAUAAAAGGUCUAUGGAUGCGAUCUGGACUUGUUUAGUUCAACUUGCCUUUGAGAGAUGCAUAGUGAUGUCUUUCUGAUGCACUGCGAACACACACGACCAAGUCACAGUCUGAGGCUAUGCAAGGAAUUGCUUAACUGGAAAUGUACCACGCCAAGGGUAGUUUAGCGCAAUACCUCGCAGACUAAAAUCCUUAUCUCCGAAGACCAAGACUGUGCUGCUUGAUGGAUACUACUUGCAUUAGGUAGCGUCAGAAGGCUCUAGGUUAUUAGUAGGAGAGGGAUUUAGUCAGGAUAUAGUAUUAAUGCGCUAGUACUUACAAUGCCACUGACUGCCCGUGCUGACACGAAUUCA